ACCGUUCGAUCUACUAUGGACCUGGAGAAUGAGACUUACAAGUUGAGGAUGUCGGGAUCGGUCAAUCCACCUGCUGGGGGAGCGGCUGCUGGAGGAGCAGCUGGUGCACUUGCGGUGGCAGCUGGGGGCUCAGCAACGGCGGCAGUAGUAGUAGCCUCCUGUCGAGGAUAGACACCGGCCGGGGCGGCGAGAGUAAAAGUUGGGGCGGCCACGAGGAGCCAGUAGAGGGUGGAGCGUACGCUAGGCAUGAUGAUCGAAUUAAAUGUGUCGUUGAUGUUGUUGUUGAUGUUGCGUUGAAAGAAUGGUUAGUGACAGACGGCCAGCAAAGUCUAGCUUUGAAUGUAUAAUUAUUAAAUUCCUUUUUCAAGUCCAACCAGGGACGGGGAGAAGAGAAUGUAAGGAGUGUGUGGUGGGUAUUAGGAGGUACUUGGAAAGGUCACUGCCGCUGAUGUCCAACAGAAAACGUUCAAUAGAAACAGAAGUGGGCAGCAAUGGACCUUAUAGCAAAAGUACCGCGACUCAAGGAUGGUAUCUGAGACGCCACAGCCAAUUCGGAAGACGGAAGGACAGCUCGAAGCAAGUUGGCGGACUGCAGCGAUCCCGUCAACGCCUGGUCCACUUACCGGAUCUGUGGCCAGUCAAGCCAAUUCCCUUCAAUGAACGGCCUGUGAUCUACCAGGAACAACCCACUGCCACAGUGGUAGAAGGGUCUCGCAGGUUGUGUUCGCUGAGGUUGGGGAUGGCAUCGGGGUAAGGAGGUGUAGCAGGACCGGGGUGUUGCGACGCUUAGCCAACCGGUCUGAAACCCUCUGAGUGACAACCUCACCAACUUCACACUUGGGCGCUAC